UGGUCCGGAACGCGCUCCGCAAUCCUUUCCCCCCUUCCCCUCGUCGCCCUCUUCCACUUCCCCCCAGCCAGCCAGCUAAAGGGCGCAUGCAUGUGCUCGUCCCGUUGCUUCUUGCUUAACAAGGCAGCCCUCCGCCAAUCACGCCCACCACGACCCCGACGCUGCUCGUCUGCUUUUUUCCCUCUCUGCUGCCCUUCGCAUCCCUCUUCUGCCUAUACUGGCUGUCGACGGCCCGGUGGGCCAGCGCUUUGGCCCUUUUUGCUCUUCACGAGACCCGCUCCUGGGCCCUGUGGCCCACCUUGGACGCCCACUUAG